AUGCCUACUGUUCGUAACAGAAAAAAGUCUCUGACAUCACAAAGUUCUUGUUCGACAAAUGACUCUCAUACAGAGCUGGAGUUUUUACCCGACAAACUAAGAGCAAAGCUACUUCCUUUCCAGAAAGAUGGGAUUAUUUUUGCCCUUAAAAGAAAUGGCAGGUGUAUGGUGGCUGAUGAAAUGGGUCUAGGAAAGACAAUCCAGGCAAUUUCCAUUGCUUACUUCUAUAAAGAGGAAUGGCCUCUUCUAAUAGUGGUGCCUUCAUCUCUGAGGUACCCUUGGACGGAAGAAAUAGAGAAAUGGAUUCCAGAACUAGGUCCAGAAGAAAUUAAUGUCAUUCAGAAUAAAACUGAUACCGGGAGAAUAUCGACUAGCAAAGUGACAAUUCUGGGUUAUGGUCUUUUAGCCAGAGAUGCAGAGACUUUGAUAGAUGUACUAAAUGACCAGAACUUUAAAGUAGUUAUAGUGGAUGAAUCACAUUACAUGAAGUCCAGAAAUGCAACCCGUACCAAGAUUUUAUUGCCAUUAGUACAAAAAGCCAUACGUGCCAUUCUUCUUACAGGAACUCCAGCUUUGGGAAGACCCGAAGAGCUCUUUAUGCAGAUUGAAGCUCUCUUUCCACAAAAAUUUGGAAAAUGGACUGAUUAUGCCAAAAGAUACUGCAAUGCACGUGUCAGAUAUUUUGGCAAAAGAUCUCAGUGGGAUUGUAGAGGGGCAUCAAAUCUUAAUGAACUUCAUCAGUUAUUAAGCGACAUAAUGAUUAGAAGAUUAAAGAAUGAAGUUUUAACCCAGCUGCCCCCCAAAAUCAGACAGCGUAUUCCAUUUGAUGUUUUGCCUGCAGCAGCUAAGGAAUUGAAUACCAGCUUUGAAGAAUGGGAAAAAUUAAUAAGAGCUCCAAGUUCUGCUUCUCGCGAUACUGUCAUGGGAUUGAUUACACGAAUGUUUAAACAAACUGCUAUUGCCAAGGCAGGUGCUGUCAAGGAUUAUAUUAAGAUGAUGCUUCAGAAUGAGUCUCUUAAAUUUCUUGUUUUUGCUCACCAUCUAAGCAUGCUACAAGCUUGCACAGAAGCAGUCAUAGAAAACAAGACUCGUUACAUUAGGAUAGAUGGAAGUGUUCCUUCUUCAGAAAGAAUCCAUUUGGUGAAUCAGUUUCAAAAGGAUCCUGAUACUCGUGUGGCUAUCUUAAGCAUUCAGGCUGCUGGUCAGGGUUUGACAUUUACUGCUGCAACUCAUGUUGUAUUUGCUGAGUUAUAUUGGGACCCUGGACAUCUAAAACAAGCAGAGGACCGUGUUCACCGAAUUGGACAGUGCAGCUCUGUGAAUAUUCACUAUCUUAUUGCAAAUGGUACUUUAGACACCCUUAUGUGGGGAAUGUUGAACCGCAAGACUCAGGUCACAGGGAGUACCUUGAAUGGGAGGAAGGAACAACUACAAGCUAAGGAAGAUGAUAAAGAAAAAUGGGAUUUCCUGCAAUUUGCUGAAGCUUGGAUUCCAAGUGAAAGUUCUGAAGAGUUCAAGAAUGAAAUUUUGUUCACUCAUUUUGAAAAAGAGAAGCAGCAUGAUAUUCGGUCAUUCUUUUUGACAAAACCUAAGAAAAGACAGUUGCUGACUUCCUGUGAUGAAUCAAGUACAUCCCAGGAGGAAAACAAUAUAGUACCAGCUGACUCUGACAAAACAACCACAGGAGAUGUUAACAGUGAAAGUAAUUUGGAAUCUGAAUCUAAAAGAUUGAAAUUGGACCAACACUGCAAUCCCCCAACAGAGAAACCAAUGCAGCCCAGACAAACCAAAUGUUCACUCCUGCCUGAGGACCAUAAGGCCAAGGCCCGGAAAGCCACUCUGCCCCUUUCUGGAACGGACUGGCAAUGUGGUUUCUGCACCUAUGUCAAUAAUGCAAUGUUACCUUAUUGUGAAAUGUGUGAGAAUCCUCAAGGCAGUGCUGUUCUGCUCUUAGAUAGUAGCAGCCAUACCCAGAAGAAAAUGAAAACCAAGAAAGAUAAUUCUGAGACUGGCACUUCAGAAAAAGUUCAUUCUGUUUCUGAAAAACGAGCUCUUGCACAGAGCUCAGGUGUUGCUCAGUCAGAGUCUGAACCAUUACCUGAAAGCAAAGAAAAAAUACCAACACCAGAAUGGAGAGAUGGAUUUAUGCCCCAGUCCCAUGCUAAACAGUCAGAGACUUCCGAGACUUUGCCAGUCUACGAUACCUUAAUGUUUUGUGCAAGUAAGAAUACUGACCGGAUUCAUCUCUACACUAAGGAUGGAAACCAGAUGAACUGUAAUUUCAUUCCUUUAGAUAUAAAAUUAGACCUUUGGGAAGAUUUGCCAGCAAGUUUUCAGCUGAAACAAAAUCGCUCCCUGAUAUUGAGAUUUAUUCGAGAAUGGAGUAGUCUAACUGCCAUGAAGCAAAGAGUAAUCAGGAAAAGUGGGCAGCUGUUCUGCAGUCCAAUUCUUGCUUUGGAAGAGAUCACAAAGCAGCAAACCAAAUCACAUAGUACCAGAAGGUACAUAACCAAAGAAGAUGUUGCUGUGGCCGCAAUAGACAAGGUGAAGAAAGAUGGGGGCCAUGUUCGUCUGAUCACAAAGGAUUCCAGAUUACAGGAACCUUCUACCAAAGAAUUUCUUGAAGAUGGUUCCUGUGUCUCAUUUGUCAAUCCCUGCACAGCCCAAGCAGAUCUCACGAUGAAACCUUCCUCCAAAGGCUAUUUACAAGCUGUGGACAAUGAGGGAAAUCCACUCUGCCUUCGCUGCCAGCAGCCCACUUGCCAAACUAAGCAGGAUUGUAAAGUGAACACUUGGGAUUCACGAUUUUGUUCUCUGCAGUGUCAGGAGGAGUUCUGGAUUCGAUCUAAUAACAGUUACAUACGAGCCAAGGUCUUUGAAAUUGAACAUGGUGUCUGUCAGCUAUGUAGUCUGAAUGCACAUGAGCUCUUUUUACGACUGAAAGAUGCUCCUAAGAGUCAACGGAAGAAUCUCCUGGAUAUGACCUGGAUUUCAAAACUCCCAUUAGAACAGCUUAAUGAAAUGAUAAGAAACCCAGGGGAAGGGCAGUUCUGGCAGGUGGACCACAUUAAGCCAGUGUUUGGUGGAGGAGGGCAGUGCUCCCUGGACAACCUGCAGACUCUCUGCACCAUCUGCCACCGAGAGAGAACUGCCAAACAAGCUAAGGAAAGAAGCCAAGUGAGAAGACUAACACCAAAGCAUGGAUCAGACAUCACACGGUUUUUGGUAAAGAAGUGA